CCCCAUGUGAUUUCCAUGCGUAAUGUUGAUAAUCCUGGUCAUAUCGGCAGAUUAGCGAUCUUAAUAUUUGAAGGUUAUGUUCACGAGUUGUACUCGUGUUACACAAGCACUUGCGCGAAAUGAUUUCUACUUCUGCUUUGCAAAGAAUCGCGAUGAUAAGAAUCGCUAGCAAUUUCUAUAGAUCGUAUCUUCGAACUAUAAGUAAAAGCUCUGCCGACAGCUCUGUAGAGAUUAAUGUAGCGGUGGAAAAUGACAUGCCCAUAAAAAUUCAAAACCCUUUUAUAAAGGAAAAACAACAAUGUAUCUUGUGCAGAUUGAAUAUUGAACCAGAUUACAAAAAUGUGAGAUUGCUUUCUCAAUUUCAAAGUCGAUACACUGGCAGAAUAUACGAAAGACACAUAACUGGAUUGUGCGAACAUAAACAGAAGAGGAUAGAAGAAGAAAUUAUAAAAGCUCAAUCUGCAGGUUUAAUGGCUUACUGGACCAAAGAACCAAAGUAUGUCAAAGAUCCCCAACUAUUUGAUCCAAAUCAUCCAUUUAGGCCGCAUAAAUAUUAGAUGAGUAAUAACAGAAUUAUAUAUAGAUUCAAAAAAAAAAUUAGUGUUAUCAUGAAAUUAGAAGGCCAUUACAUUUGUAAAAUGUACUGAUUGAUUGCCAAGAAACUAUUGGAAUCCUAAAAAUUCUCUAUCUAAUAGUUAAUUUGUACAUUUGGCAAACCUCACACAAAUUUUUGAUAAAUGUAUUAUCAACCUUAAUCUCUUAAUUGUAAGUACUUGAAUAAAUGUAACAACUAUGAAUUAUUUUAAUAAACUCUUAUCUUAUCUAAAUAAA